UUGCACUGAAGAUGCCACGUGCUUGGCCUUCACCUUGACUGACACUUCAGGUUCAUUAAUUAAAUGCACGCGCCAGACAGACUCAAUUCAGUCCUUGACACAGAAAACAGGUGUCACCAUGUACUUCCUCUCCCAGUUGGUAAAAAAAAUUGUCACAAGUGGACAGACUAGAGGCCUUGCUCCCUCCUCCAUGCUGAACGAGUAGUACAAGGCCGCCUGUGUCAUCGACGACGAGUGUCGUCAGGAAAACUCCAUGUGCUUUGUAAACAGGUGCCGCUGUCGACCUGGGUUCUUCUUCUCAACACGUGACUACACGUGCUCUGAGACUUGUAGUCCAGCUCACCUGCACAACACCUUCACGGAGUACCCUGACAGCGGAAUAAGGGGACACAGUAUCGUGACACGGGAUGGAGUCAGUUUGCAGACCUGCACCAACCUGUGUGUCCAGACCAGAGUUUGUCUGUCCUUUGACUUCAGAGUCACAGGAGGGCGCUGUCUGCUUCAUGAGGUCACCUCGCUCCAGGCUCAGUCAGAGUGGUUUCCUCAGACCAGUGGAGGCUGGACCCACUACCAGAGAACCUGCCUGCAGUUUCCCACCUUAUGUCCUGGACCUCAGUGGUACAACACACCCUGCAACAUCAACACGGUUUGCCCUGAACCUAACAGUCAGUGUGUGUCGGGUAGAUGUGUGUGCAGGUCUCCCUUCAUUUUAUCCGGAACUGAUGCCACGUGUCGAGUUCCUGAGUCAUGUCGAGACUUGCAGUCAGUAGGAGCCAGGUCAGGUGUCUACUCCAUUCAACUGCCAGAAACCAGAGAGAAACUGAGAGUCUGGUGUGACAUGGACUCUGGUGAUGGCGGCUGGCUGGUGUUCCAGAGACGGCGUGACGGUUCUGUUGACUUCUACAGGAACUGGACGGAGUAUGAAAACGGCUUUGGUGACGUCACCGGGGAGUUCUGGCUGGGGUUAUCCAACCUGCACUUGCUACUCAAGAGACCACAGCGACUCCGUGUCGACCUGGGAGAGAAGAAUGGAAAACGUAUCUAUGCUGAGUACUCGUCCUUCAGAGUGGAUGGUCCUGACACAAACUACAGACUGUUCACAUCUGGCUACUCGGGUGAUGCAGGUGACAGCUCGACUUAUCAUGAAGGAGACAUGUUUUCAACCUUUGACCUCGACAAUGACAAAUCCGACACUCUCAACUGCGCUGUGUAUUUUAAAGCUGCCUGGUGGUUCCGAGGCUGUUACAACGCCAACCUCAACGGUCAGUACCACGUGGAUACCUACGGCGUCAGUUGGUAUCUGAAAUACCAAGAUUUGAGAAGCUUCUCGUUCUCUGAGAUGAAACUGAGACCAGCCUAGCAUCGCCUUGUCUCCUGUGGUCUCACU